GAUGAAUUGCUAAACAAUUGUCAUAUCAUUACUAAAUCUGAUGAUUAUUUGCACUGUUUUUGGCCUAAAUGUCAAUUCAAGACAACGAGUAAACAACAUAUUGCUCAACACGAAUUAAUUCAUUCAGAUAUAAAACAAUUUAAAUGUGAUUUUAAUAAUUGUAAUAAAAUUUUCAUGAGAAAAACCAUUUUAAAUGAUCACAAAAAUAGCGUUCACUUAAGUAUAAAAUAUUUUUGUAAUUUCAAGGAUUGUAACAAAAGUUUUACUGAAAGUAAAGGUUUAAAACUACACAAAAGAUUUGUUCAUUUGAAUGAAAGGAAAUUCAAAUGCAAUGAAGAAAAUUGUGGCAAAAAAUUCAGCACAAAACCGGAUUUAAUUGUUCACAAACGCAUACAUUCGGGAGAAAAACCAUUUGUUUGUGAUUUCAAUGAUUGUAACAAUAGAAAUUCAAAUGUAAUGAAGAAAAUUGUGGCAAAAAAAUUCAAAUCAAAUCAGAGUCUCAACAAACAUAUAUUCGGACAUUCGGGAGAAAAACCAUUUGUUUGUAAUUUCAAUAAUAACUGUAAUAAACGGUUUGCUUUGAAAAAGAAUUUAAAAAAUCAUUUGAUUCAUAAACACAAACAAAUUAAGUCAGAGAUUUGUGGCCAUAAUUGGAGGCCAUAUUUAGCACCGGAUUUGCAUCACAUGUUUGACCGGCGAUGCGGUCGACGAGUGGACGAACUGUUGGCCGGAGUU